AGAGUUUUAUUGUACGACUUAAUUAACUGUGUGUAAUAGGGGACAUUUUGGAGGAGAAACACAAACUUAAUCAAAACUGUGAACUACUGUACAUAAAACAAAUUGGACACAAUGAGUAAAAUAGAGCAAGGCGAGUUUGAUAAGGAUGAGGACUUUGCAGGGAUUUUUGAUGUUGGUAAAGGUAUCGGACAUAACUCUCCGAUGCAGAGAGAAAUCAGCGUUGCAACACCUGGAGUUGGAACUCUCGUUCUGAUUUCUCAUUUUCUACAUAACAGUUACUAUAAAAGACCUUUUUAUCACCAACUUGUAACAAGGGGUCUCCCAAAAGUUGGCCUUGCAAUGUUUCUGAUAGAAUCCCUAAGGACAAUAAAUUACAAGAGAUACACAAGGCGUCAUAAAAUGGUGGAGUUGUACUAUGAACAACAUAAAGACGAACUUCCGCGUAUUGGUCCAGGUCCAAGGAAAUAUUGUGAAACAGUAGGAGACUGGAACUGUACACGGUUUUAAGUUUAUGAACUCAACUUUAGUGAAUUUUAUGUGACACACUGUACAUUGUGAAUUUCAAUGAUGGAAUGCAGUUCUGGAAAGAAGUGAGGUUCCAAAGGACAUUUGAUAUAUGGAUUUUCAUGUUAAUAUUAAGUAAAUUAGCAUAUUGUCAUGAAUGGAAAUUAAAGAGAAGGGCAGAUGGGAA